UGUCUGAAAUGACGACCGUCGAGACACAGACAGCGAUGGCCGAGUCAUCGAAACCCAAAAACGAUGUACCAGCUACUGUAAAGGUCCAACCAUCGUUCAAAAGAUGGGGUAGAAUGCAUCCCUUUGUAAGAUACGGGCUGCCCAUGAUCUCUUUGACGGUGUUUGGGGCACUUGGACUCGGUCAUCUCUUGCAAGGAAGCAAGGAAAUUGCAAAGGUGAAAGAUGAUCAGGAGUGGGAGAUUAUUGAGACUAGAAAAGCACUGUCAAGAACAGGACCCGUAGAUGCAUACAAGCCAAAAAAUAUCUCACUGGAAGAGGAAUUAAAGGCAUUGCAAGAGAAGCUGGACAUAAAUAACUACGAGUAUAAGAGAAUUCCUAAGCCAAAUGAAGGAAAGUCAGACUAGUUUGAGGCUCUCUCUAUUCAUGGUUUUUGUAUCAUUAUACCACUCUUUAGCAUUUCAUAGAAAUGUGAGGGCUUGAAUCUCGUGAAAUUUUGUUUGAAUAUACUGGUUUUUCUUUUUUCUUUUUCCUCUUUUCAAGUGAACUUUCAAUGUCUGUUUCUGACCAGUAUCAGCUGAUGUAUUACAUGCAUAUGAUUUUUGUUGGAAUAACUUUAUAGCUAUAGUGAUAUUGUUACGAAA